UUACUGUGAUAAUCGGGCCAUUGCUUUACGGAAAAUCAACCGGCGAUGUCUGGUGACAAAAAACAGCGAUGGGUUCCUUUGGAAUCUAACCCAGAGGUCCUGAACAAAUAUAUCCACAAUCUUGGCGUACCGAAGCACUGGGAGUUUGUGGAUGUAUAUGGCCUGGACCCUGAACUCCUUAUGAUGGUUCCUCAACCAGUGGUGGCCGUGAUGCUGCUGUAUCCCAUUACAGAUCAGUCAGAAGCAGAGGAGAACAAGCUGGGAGAGGAGCAGUCAGAUGUUGAUGGCGUCUACUACAUGAAGCAGACAGUUGGCAAUGCCUGUGGAACAGUUGCGGUCAUACAUGCCCUGGCCAACAACAGGGAUAACAUCAAUUUUUCAGACAAUAAACAUUUCAACAAGUUUUUAGAAGAAACAGUUGGAAAAGCACCAGAUGAAAUUGCCAACAUUCUAGAAAAUGAUGAGGCGAUGGGGGCAGCCCAUGAUGACUCAGCACAAGAAGGCCAGACAGAGGCUCCGUCCAGAGAUGACAAGAUCAACACACACUUCAUCGCGUUUGUUUGUAGAAAAGAUGGUCUUUAUGAACUAGAUGGCAGAAAGAAUGGUCCAGUCUUCCAUGGUAAAACCAGUGCAGAUUCUCUGCUUGAGGACAGUAUAGAAGUGGUCCGCCAGUUCAUGGCUCGAGAUCCUGCUGAGUUGAACUUCACACUGAUGGCGCUGGUGAACAACUCGUAACCAUAGUGUUGUCAUGUUCCAAUUCGUUCAUCAUGUGAAAGUAGUCUUGAACGUGCAAUGCAAUUGGAGAAUCUGUGAAAUUUGAGUGUUGAUUGAUCAGUGCAGAACUGUGAUGUAGCUUGUUUUCAGCAUAAACUAGUACUCUGCAGAUAUUUUGCAUGACUUUCUUAGUUGGAUGAUCGUUCACCUGUCAAUCUGUUUGAAUCCCAUUCCGGCUUUGCAAUGAUUGGUCAUGAAAUGAACCACGCUCUGAAGAAACGGGGCUUAACACAUGUGUCUUAUAUAACCCUUUGCAUGCUGGGAAAUUUGUCUUCUGCUAAAAUGUUGUCUGCUGAAUUUAUAAAAUUAGCAUUUUCUCCGAUUUUUUUCAAAGAAUACUAUCAGAAUAGCAAACAGUUUGGAUCCUGAUGAGACGCCACGUUCUGUGGCGUCUCAUCUGGAUCCAAACUGUUUGCAAAGGCCUUUAAAAUUCGGUUCCAGCACUUAAAGAGUUAAGAGUCAUCCAAGAUAAACCUGUUCAGUCGACAAAGGCUAAUCAGGGAUGACACCUUCAGCUUUUAUGGUAUUUUGAUUUUAAGAAAGUCUUCUUUACAAAACUCUAGUUAAGGCCAAAAGUGUCAUACUUGAUCAACCUGUACAGACUGCACAACACAAGGCUAGUCUUGGACAGCACUUAAAGCACAUGCAUUGAGCCUCUUCUCGCAGAGUGUCCAUUACAUUAUUUCUAGGGCCUCUUCCCAUAUGUUUGAAUCAAGUAGGGCAGUCAGGUAUGGGCAUGAGUACCUAACACCAUUUCAUUUGUAUGAUCGGCUAAAUUGCCAGGAACAGUGUGAGAUUGCUAACUUACCUAAGUGAGUUUACUAAAAUACUGUUUAAAAAGCAGAAAAAAAUGCUAACAAAUAUUACAUAGUUUUGCGCUGAUCCUUCGGUUUGUUGAUUGCAAUAUGCUAGUAUUUGGUGCAACUUUGUUCACAUAAAUCUUUCUUGUUCUGAUUGUAUUCUUUUUGUUGCAAUUGCACAAAUUACUUGUGGAAAUUAUUACCAGUAUGUGUAUCAUUGUUUUUAUGUUUGAGUUAUUUCAGUUAUAAUUAUGAUGAUAUACUUAUAAAAUAGUUUCAGUAACAAAAGCUAAACCAAAAAUUAAUAAGUAUUUAUUACUUUUUUUCUCCUCAAUGUUAUUGUUAUUGAUUAUUUUUUGGGAGGAAAAUCAUGUAUUUACAGUUAAUUAGUUAAAAACAAUAAUUAAUGAACAACUGAUCUUUUCUCUGUUUUCCAUUUGUAUGCAUUUUUGGAAAUCAUGCUGAAAAUUGAGAUAAAGACAAAUAAUGGAUGUCAUUGAGCCUGUCUGGGACCAAAAAUAUUAAAGAAUGCAUACUUUGGGAGCGUGUACAAGACUUCUAAGACCCAAUACAAAAUGUUAAUUAUUUCUUUUGUUUUGUUUUGAGAUAUCCCUCAGAAUUAUGUUAGUGCCUGAAGAGGUGAUAAAAUGGACAGACCACAAUACAUGUAUACAACCAGUGCCAUGCGAAAAUGCGUUUUAUGCCAUAUGCGCCUAACAUUAGAGCUCCAGACCAGCAUAUGCUCAGUCUGUGCAUAAGCUAACCUGUCCGUUAUAAAGUCACGCAAGGUUCUGUGAUCUCAUUAACUGGUUUGGAGCUAUAAUGCUUGCCACAUGUGGGAUAUAAACCAUUUUUGCAUGUAAUGGGUGAUAAGAAUCAAAAGUAUUACAUUAUUAAGAUAUUAUUUUUCUAUUCUUACAUUAUAUCAUGAACAAUGUUCUUUGUUAAUUUGCGAAUUAACUAUAAAAAAUCAGUUGCAAAAAUGCGUAAUUGAAUUUUCUAUUUAAUUGAUAGAUAUUUGUGUGUUUAUGAUAUAAUUCAAAUCAGUCUUGCUUUAUCUUUGUUUGUUUGCCCAGAUGGAAUAGUUAAUAUGCGUCAUAAUUCAAAGUGAAUGUUGAUUUGCCGAUACACAACAGAAAAUCAAACAUUUAAACACGAGUUAAUUUUAAAAAAAAAUGAAGUUAUGUGGUCCAGUGACGUGGCUAUAUUCAAGCGGUUAGAAAUGAUUAGCCUGCAGGUCACUGUUUUAAAUGAAUAUUAUAUAGAGAGCUGUAACAGAUUGUGAAAAACAGAUUUCGACUUUAUCAUGUCAAGCAAAUUGUUGAAUGGCUGGACUUGUUGAGUGAAACUGUUGCAUCUAGGUGAAAAAGAUGAAUAUCAGUUACAAUGUGUGUCUUGUUCUGAGAAAACUGGUCAUAAUGCAUGUGCGUAAAGUGUCGUCCCAGAUAAGCCUGUGCAGCUCGCUCAGGCUAAUCAGGGACGACACUUUCUGCUUAAACUUGAUUUUCGGUAAGAAGGGACUUCCUUCAAACUAAAAAUACCAUAAAAGCUGAAAGUGUUGUCCCUGAUUAGCCUGUGCGGACUGCACAGGCUAAUCUGGGAAGGCACUUUACGCACAUGCAUUGUGACCAGUUGUCUCAGAACAAGACACAUAUAAGCCUUGCUCUUGGCAAACUGGGCAAAAUGAAUUUGCAUAGUGUCCUCCCAGGUUAGCCUGUGCAGUCUGCACAAGCCAAUUAGGGACAACAAUUUCUGCCUAAUCUGGAUUUCAGCUCUGAAGGGACUGCCUUGAACGAAAAGUACAAUGAAAGCGGAAAGUGUUAUCCCGGAUUGUCCUAUACAAUUGCACAAGCUGAUCUAGGAUGCAGUUUCUUGCUCAUUCAUUAAGCCUAGUUUUUCCAAGACGAGGCUCAUAUUUUCUUGCCCAUCACUCCAUGAACAACUAGAAAUGGUGCGGCAGAGGCUGAUGAGUAUCUCCAUGCCACAUGUUGUUAGUAAAAUGAGUGAAGAUCUCUGACCCGGCCCCACCCCAACCCCCAUAGCUUUUGACCCAGGGGUCAGAUCAAAAUUUCAAAUAGUGCACUGUCGCACAUAUGCUCAUAGCUACCAUGUGUGUAAGUUUCAAGGUUCUAGUGCUAAUAGUGUAAGAGAAGAUAGUGGCCAGAACGGAUGGACAGACAGACGUGGAGAUAACCACAUAAUCCCCACGCUUUUUUAAAGCGUGGUGAUAAUUAAUAAUUAUUUCCUUUUAAUAUGGAAAACUUUGAAGUGUGAUCGGAAGUGAACAUUUAACUUCCUUGUUCAAUGUAUUUAUUUAACCUACCAAAGAUGUGGUGAUUUUGUUAUUACCAGUCAAUGAACUUAUUUUGCAUUGACCAAUCUUGAUGAAACUUUGGAUGUUGCAGCUUGCAUAAAUCUCAAGCUUGUGAUUGUAUUUGGAGCAAGUGGGGUCAAGGUUAUGGUCACUGUUUGCCAAGUUGAUAGUUUUACAAUAAUUUAAUUAAAACAUUUUUAGCUGAAAAUGCAUAGGAUAAGUGCAAAACACACCUGAUUCUUAUAAAUAUUUAUUUAUCACAUGAGGAUAAAAACCUCUGUCAACAAUUUAUAAGGCAUUUUAGGCUCCUGGAAAUUUCUAUUUUCAUAGGCUCGUAGCAUUACAAAUACUAACCUUGCCACAUAUGAACUUUGGUUCUUAUUCUUAUUGAAUGAUGAUGCAUAAGUGUGUGCACUUAAAGUAAAUCAUUUUCACUUGAAUGACUAGUAAUUUCAUUGUCAUAAGCAAUUGUUCUUUAUUUUUCUAAUUAUAAACUGAAGUAGUACUUUGAGUUCAAUUGUUGUGUGCUUUUUAAGGUCAAGUUAUUAAAAGUAUCUGUUUUUGUUUUGUUAGUUGUUGAUAAUCAGGUAUCAGUAAAUGCACAUCAAAAUAGUAUGAUUGUAUUUUUUAACAAAGGCUGCUAUUUUUGUGAGUAUGUAAGUAAAUGAAAAAAUAGAACAAUUAUUUGGAAUGGA